AUGCCCAAAUUCUUUCAUUACCUGGCACUGGCUGCCCUAACUGCUUCUGCCGCAGCCUUCCCUGCAGGACCGGCUAUCACUGAAGCCCCAAGUCUGGAGAAGAGAUCGAGCUGUACCUUCUCUGGCUCCAAGGGUGCUUCAUCGGCCAGCAAGUCGCAGGCGUCUUGCUCUACCAUCAUCCUGUCUGAUGUGGCCGUGCCUUCAGGAACAACCCUGGAUUUGAGUGACUUGGAGGAUGGAACCACGGUCAUCUUCGAGGGUGAAACCACCUGGGGUUACAAGGAGUGGGAUGGUCCUCUUCUCCAGAUCAAGGGAACCGACAUCACCAUCAAGGGUGCUAGCGGUGCUAAGCUGAACGGUGGCGGCUCCAGCUGGUGGGACAGCAAGGGAAGCAACGGUGGCAAGACCAAGCCUAAGUUCUUCUACGCUCACAGCCUGAAGUCAUCCACCAUUACCGAUCUGUACAUUGAGAAUACCCCGGUGCAGGCUGUUAGUAUCAAUGGAUGUGACGGCCUGACUAUCACCGAUAUGACCAUCAACAACAAGGCUGGUGACUCCGGUGGCGGUCACAAUACCGAUGGCUUUGAUAUUAGUGAUAGUACCGAUGUGGUGAUUACCGGUGCCAAGGUUUACAAUCAAGACGAUUGCGUUGCUGUUAACUCUGGAACUGAUAUCACUUUCAGUGGUGGUGUCUGCUCCGGUGGUCACGGCCUGUCUAUUGGUAGUGUGGGUGGCCGUUCUGACAACACCGUCAAUACUGUCACCUUCAAGAGCUCUACAGUCGAGGACUCCACUAACGGUAUCCGUAUCAAGGCCACUGAGGGAAAGACUGGCACUAUCAAGGGUGUCACCUACGAGGACAUCACCCUCUCGUCUAUCAGCGACUAUGGCAUCCUUAUCGAGCAGAACUACAAGGGUGGUGACCUGAAAGGCGACCCUACCACCGGUAUCCCCAUCACCGACCUCACUAUCAAGAGCAUCUCCGGCGCCGAUGCUGUUGAUUCUGACGGUUAUAACAUCGCUAUCGUUUGCGGUGAUGAUGCCUGCUCUGAUUGGACAUGGAGUGAUGUCAAUAUUUCCGGCGGUGACACCUAUGGCAGCUGCAAGAACGUUCCUAGCGUGGCUAGCUGUUCAGAUUAG